AUGACCUGCAGCUUUUCUUACAGGGCGCUGGAGGAGCUAGCGGGGGCGGUGGAGGCGGCGGUGGAGGCAGUGGAGGGGGUGGGGGUGGUGGUGGGAGUGGUGGCGAGGGUGGAGGUGUCGGCGGCGGCAGUAGAGGCGGAGGCGGCGGCGGCGGUGGCGUUGGGAGCGGAGGUGGUGGAGGUGGCGGAGGUGGAGGAGGCGGUGGCGGAGGAGGAGGAGGAGGAGGAGGAGGAGGAGGAGGAGGAGGAGGAGGAGGAGGAGGAGGAGGAGGAGGAGGAGGAGGAGGAGGAGGAGGAGGAGGAGGUCGUGGCUCUUCGCAGAGGAGUGGCUCCGGUGGUGGUGUGUCCCAGGUAG